CAAGGUAGGCGACGGCAACACCUUGUUUAUCCAAGGAGGAAACGGUCACUGUACCAGACGUGGAGUACUGUAGUGUAUAACUCGACCGUGACUCCGAUAACACCGAUUUGGUCUCUACUGUCAGCUAGGGAGGAUGAGGCUGGGCAGUAGCUUGAGACAGAGGGUGGUGUCGCACCCCCAGGCAGUGAACCCCGCCGCCACCGUCAACACGCCCGUCAUUAUGGCCCAGUCAACCAUCCUGUUGGAGAGCUUCCACCAGGUCAAGACCCUCGACCCCAGCCCGGGGGAACACCUACAGACGUCGGUGUGUAAUUUUUCUCCAAACACGAGUCAGAACUGCCAGUACACUUCAAACGCUAUUGAUGGCUCUGGUGAAAUCUGGGGCCUCCAACCAAGUACAGAUGCAGGCCUUGGUCAAACACCGAGUCUGUCUCCAAACACAAGCGGAGGCCUUGGUCAAACACCGAGUUUGCAUCCAAACACAAACAGAGGCCUUGAUCAAACACCGAGUCUGUCUCCAAACACAAGCGGAGGCCUUGGUCAAACACCGAGUUUGUCUCCAAACACAAACAGAGGCCUUGAUCAAACACGAAGUCUGUCUCCAAAUAUAUAUGGGGAAUUUGCCCAAACAUCGAGUCAAUCUUCAAACAUGUUUGGAAUGGAAUCGAUGCUGUUUGAGGACUUAAUUUCUUUGGAACAAGAACAUCUUUCUCGGAGACCAGAGGUGUGUUUCGUGUCUCAGCCGGCGGCCAAAUUCCACUUCCGCUACCUGAAAGACCAAGGUUCUCAUGGACAUGUAAAGGCUGCCACCAGUGCCUUCCGCUACCCAGCCAUCCAGCUCAAGAACUUCUCCGGGAAUGUUGAGGUGCGUGUGCAGCUCUACGCCUGGGACCCCGACCCCGCCCAACGACGCCCAAACAGUGUUGUCCGUCUCCAGAGGACGAAGGGCCGCGGCAGGAGUGGCUAUGAGGAGAAGGACCAGCUGAAUGACCUGGCAGAGGAGUGGGUGUUGCACGUCCCUGAGAAUAUCCACCACAACUGCGAGUUGCGUGAUUUCAGCAUCUUCAAGCUUACUAAAGAUAACCUUAGGUCUUUGGGCAAGACCUCGGAGGAAGCAGAUAUAUUGUGCAGGGAAUACAACAAGCUGAGUGUGUGCCUGCGGGUGACGGCCUACCAAGAUAACAGCCUAGUAGCGGGUCCCAUUUUCUCCAGCGAGAUCACCAACCUUAGAAGAGCGGAACGUCUACGCAUCCAUCGACGCUCAGACUUCACUUCUUCUGUCAGCGGAGGUCAGGAAAUGUGGCUCAUCACAAGCGAGGUUAAGCAAGAUGACAUCGACGUGAAGGUGGAGGACGACGAUGGCUGGAGUGUUAACUGCUCUCAACUGGAGGUCCACUACCAGCACACAGUCGUCUGUAGGAUACCGCCUUACCGGACACUUAACCUCGCGAAGCCGAAGUUGGUAAAGGUGUAUCUGUUCCGGCGGUCAGACAGCCAGUGCAGCCAGCCUUAUGAGUUCAAGUACCUCCCCGACCCAUGUAUCACUACCGCCCCUCAGUGUACUGCUGCCUCUCCCCAGUCCAAGAAAAGAAAAUAUAUCUCGUCCAUGUCAGUGACCGAGGACGACCAGAACUGUCUAUCUUUACCCCAAUAUCAACCACACAACCACACCAACGUCUCCUCUUAUCCACUGCAACAACCACACAGCCACACCAAUGUCUCCUCUUCUCAACUGCAACAACCGCACAACCACACCAACGUACUCAGUUCCACGCCAUAUGUCCAGCAUAAUCACAACCCUACGACAUCACAAACACCAGCACCAGUUAGUUGUCCCUCUACUUCCUCACUACCAUCACAUAUCGUCGAAUAUACACCCGACAUGACCUUUGUUCAAUUACAACCAUCAGGGAGCGACACAACGUCUGAAGUUGACAACUUUGAUUACAGCCAGUUCCUCCACUACCCCCUGGACCUCGACAGUAUCCUCACAUACGACUCUCCCGUGGGUUUUGUUGAUGAAAACUCUAGUAACUACUAUAAGUAUGCCGGGACGAUCGAGCGCUUUCAGGGGAUGAUGGAGGAAGAGGAAGUGGAAAAUGAGGAUAAAGAUAGUGAAGUUGUUGGAGAACUGGGAAUGAAUGAUUAUGAUAAUGAUGGCUACACAGCCCUCCACCAGGCAGUGAGAGAGGGGGACGAGGAGGCAGUGAGGGAAUUGUUGGCUGCUGGAGCCCAGGUAAACCUGCAGUGCAAGAAGCGAGGUGAUACGGCUCUCCACAUAACCGCCAGGCACAACUUCACACACCUUCUGCGCCUUCUGCUGGAUGAGGAUGACAUUGAUCUCUUCAUCUGCAAUGACGAUUGCCACACCUUCCUUCAUGUGAUACAACCUGGUUCUUCUGCUUCAGAAGUCAUCCGAUUCCAUCCGAGGACGAGGGAGGUGGAGGUACCGGCAUACGAUGAGGAGUUAGGGAGCAGCGAUGACGAUGACGACGAUGAGGAUGAUUCCAUUCCGUGUAUUGGUCACCCGAGGGUGCCAUCUACUGUCCCUCUAGAUGACACUCAAGAUGGGGAGAAAGAAGAUACACUUGCAGGCUGCCCUUAUUCCCACCUGCUUCACCCUCUCUGUGAGGGAAAGACAACUGCCCAGAAGGAGACUGCACCUACGGGUGGCAACCACCAUUACCCGGGACCUGAGAUGAGUGACGACACACGGGGUCAGACAGCUCCAACAAAUGACCACUAUCCCCACAUGCCACAUUCAAUCCACCCAGAGGAGAAGGAUGAGGACACACAUGUUUCUACAUCUCCAGCAGACGGUGAUAAUAAACUUCAAGAACGAGCCUCCUCUUUAUACCAGCAGGUAGAAAGGUCCUCACGCACUACAGGUAGUACCCUUGACGCACGUUCUGACGACGGAGCCCAACACUUGUCUCCUAACGUAAACUUGUGGGCCAUAGCUGUCGUCCCAGUGUUGAUAAUGUGCACUUAUCUCCUGUUUCUUUCGUCUCUACAGUAUGUCUGGUAACUGUUUCAUCGUGACAACGUGAUUUAGUGACUUUAUUGGUGUUUUAAAUCACGAAUGUACUGUAAGAAACAAGGGAGAAGAGAGAUGGGAGGUGAGAAUUGUACAUACCAAAAUCUCUCUCAAUCUGUGCAUUGGUUCGCUUAUGUAUAUUCAUAUACACGUACAUGUAAUUAUAUCUGGCUAGAUCGGGAUAACUGCAUAAUAGAGAGAGUUUCUGUGUUUUUCUACUUGUCUGUUAGGAUGAUUAUACAGAUGAUCAUAAUACAAACUGUAAAUAACGCCAUUGCUAUUCUGAUAACCUAAUCUAAUAUACUGUAGGUGUAGUUUGGUUAUGCUAUAAUAGUGAGCGACGAUGUAAUCUAACCAUAAAACAUUUUACCAUAUAUGGGGUAAUUUAUCUUUAUUUGUAGCAAUAAAAAAAAUUAAUUUCGUUUUAAAGCUUAAUCGGACGAUUAUCACACACACUGAAAUAUGGCGGAUUGAGGUUAUGAUACUGCCAAGGCCACCCCACACCUACAAGACUCAUGUUGGGUAGAAUAUAUAUAUAUAUAUAUAUAUAUAUAUAUAUAUAUAUAUAUAUAUAUAUAUAUAUAUAUAUAUAUACAUAUUUUAAUCUGACUAGACUCGUUAGCCACUUAUCAGCGAAUCAGACAAUGUCAUUCCCUGAAUAAAUAACUGUUGUCGAAUUAUGUGACAAUGAGUCAAGUUUAAACAGUAAUGCAACCUCCCAAUGCUGACAAGGAUGGUGCCACUGCAACAGACAUAUAUGAUAACAGUCCGAAAUAAUAGAGUAAUUAAUUUAAUUUUAGAAAACAUUAAUAGCAAUUUGAAGAAAAUUUAAUAAGAGUAAUAUCCAAUGUGUAUAGUAAAUUGAUGCACCGUUUUCGAUAGCACAGUAAUCGUACAAUAUUAAACCUUAAUUUACUUUUUUUUUUUUUUUAGUAGUCUUUUAUACACUUCGGCAAAUCUUUUUAAUUAACCGUAAGUUUUUCCACUCAUUAAUUUACUACAUUUCUGGGCCUUUGAUUUAGUAUUAAUCCCGAGGUUAAUAUUUUAAUUCGAUGCCAUUAAUUGUAUUUUUUUUGGUGACAAGUUACAGAGACUAAAAUAUAUUAUAAUAGGUCUAAUAAUUAUCAUCGAACUUUGCUGCUCCUUAAUUGCAUUUAGGACGUGUUAAUAUUUUUUUUUGCGAGAAAAACGCAUUUCACAAUAAUCAUUACUCUUGUUUUUGUAGAUGUUGACUUUGGUGUCGAAUAUUUAUGCAUUUUAUUACUUAAUUAUAUAUUAAUCCGUGAACUGAAAUUAUUCUCGUGUUAAUAAAGAAAAUAUGCACA